GCUAAAAUCUUUAAUUCAGGAUUUUGGAAAGCUAAAAUCCUGAAAUCGGCCAAAAUCUUGAAUUCAGGAUUUUGGAAAGCUAAAGUCUUGAAAACGGCAAAAAUCUUGAAUUCAGCAAUUUGGAAAGCUAAAAUCUUGAAAUCGGCAAAAAUCAUCAAUACAGGAUUUUGGAAAGCUAAAAUCUUGAAAUCGGUUAAAAUUUUGAAUUGAGGAUUUUGGAACACUAAAAUCUUGAAAUCGGCCAAAAUUUGGAAUUCAGCAUUUUUGAUAGGUAAAAUCUCAAUCUUGGCCAUUAUCUUUAAUUCAGGAUUUUGGAAAGCUUAAAUUUUGAAAUCGGACAAAAUCUUGAAUUCAGGAUUUAGGAAAGCUAAAAUCUUGAAAUCGCCCAAAAUCUUCAAUUCAGGAUUUUGGAAAGCUAAAAUCUUAAAAUGGGCAAAAUCUUAAAUUGAGGAUUUUGGAAAGCUAAAAUCUUGAAAUCGGCCAACAUCUUGAAUUCAGGAUUUUGGAAAGCCAAAAACCUUGGAAUCAACCAAAAUCUUGAAUUCUCUAUUUUGGAAAGCUAAAAUCUUGAAAUCGGCCAACAUCUUGAAUUCAGGAUUUUGGAAAGCCAAAAACCUUGGAAUCAACCAAAAUCUUGAAUUCUCUAUUUUGGAAAGCUAAAAUCUUGAAAUCGCCCAAAAUUUUGAACUUAGGAUUUUGGAAAGCUAAAAUCUUAAAAUCGGCUGAAAUCUUUAAUUCCGGAUUUUGAAAAGCUAAAAUCUUGAGAUCGGCCAAAAUCUUGAAUUCAGGAUUUUGAAAAGGUAAAAUCUUGAAAUCCGCAAAAAUCUUGAAUUCAGGAAUUUGGAAAGGUAAAAUCUUGAAAUCGGCCAAAAUCUUGAAUUUAGGAUUUUGGAAAACUAAAAUCUUGAAAUCGGCCAAAAUCUUGAGUUCAAGAAUUCAAAAAGCUAAGACUUUGAAAUGGCAGAAAAUCUUCAAUCCACAAUUUUGAAAAGCUAAAAUCUUGAAAUCGGCCAAAAGCUAGAAUUUAGCAUUUUUGAUAGGUAAAAUCUUGAAAUCGGCCAUAAUCAAGAAAUUAAGAAUUUUUGAAAGCUAAAAUCUUGAAAUCAUCCAAAAUCUUGAAUUCAGGAUUUUGGAAAGCUAAAAUCUUGAAAUCGGCCAAAAUCUUAAAUUCAGUAUUUUGGAAAGCUAAAAUCUUGAAAUGGGCAAAAUCUUGAAUUCUGGAUUUUGGAAAGCUAGGAUCUUGAAAUGGGCAAAAUCUUGAAUUCAGGAUUUUGGAAAGCUAAAAUCUUGAAAUCGGCCCAAAUUUUGAAUUGAGGAUUUUGGAAAGCUAAAGACUUGAAAUCGGCCAAAAUCUUGAAUUCAGGAUUUUGGAAAGCUAAAAUCUUGGAUUCGGCCAUAUUCUUGAAUUCGGGAUUUUGGAAAGCUAAAACCUUCAAAUCGGCCAAAAUCUUGAAUUCAGGAUUUUGGAAAGCUAAAGUCUUGAAAACGGCCAAAAUCUUGAAUUCAGGAUUUUGGAAAGCUAAAAUCUUGAAAUCGGGAAAAAUUUUGAAUUGAGGAUUUUGGAAUGCUAAAAUCUUGAAAUCGGCCAAAAUCUUGAAUUCACGAUUUUGGAAAGUUAGGAUCUUGAAAUGGGCAAAAUCUUGAAUUCUGGAUUUUGCAAAGCCAAAAUCUUGAAAUCGCCAAAAAUCUUGAAUACAGGAUUUUGGAAACCAAAAAUCCUGAAAUCGGCAAAACUCUUGAAUUCAGGAUUUUGCAAAGCUAA